AUGUCUGACCAGGGUUCGCCGGUCGACGAUGGCCAGGAAAACGAAUUCCAGGAUGAGGUCGCCGACGCAGACUCGGACCGCGAAUCCGACCUCCUGUCCGAAAUCGACGAGAAUCAGUUUGAAGACUACGACCCCGAGACGGCAAACAUCGAGGACCGCCCAGUCGAGAUUGACGAGGACAUUGCCCGUACGCUAAAGGCCAGCAAGCGCAAGCGAGCCGAAGGAGAAAAGGCAGCCAAGAAGCCGCGGGAGACUCGCCGCGAGAAGCGACGGGAUCGAGAGGAAGAUGCGUCCGUGCAGGAUGUCUCCAGCGGCGAGGCGGAGAAGAAGCCGCGGAGGAAGCGAGCAGAGGCCGAGAGGCGCCCCCGAGCCAAGCCGGCAUCGCCCCAGGACGACGCAGCCAACGACGAGAACCUUACCGAAGAGCAGCGGCAGAAUCGGGAAAUCGACCGCCGUCUGGAUGCGGCGUUGAAGAGCCGUGGGACGGCCCCCAAGCGCCGGAGAAAGGAUGAAAUUGAUCUCGAAGACGAGAUUGACGAACAGCUGGCUGCGCUCAAGGUCCAGAUGGAGCGUGCCUGUCAAGCAGACAACAGCGCUCGUGAAUCUGGACAGCCUGCCCUGCACAAGCUGAAGCUGCUCCCCGAAGUCGCUGGCAUCCUGAAUCGCAACAACGUCCAACAUGCGGUGCUCGAUCCGGAUACCAACUUCCUGCAGCACGUCAAAUUCUUUCUGGAGCCGCUCAACGACGGCUCACUGCCCGCCUACAACAUUCAGCGAGACAUCUUCACGGCUCUGACGCGUUUGAAUAUUGAAAAGGAGACUCUGCUGAGCAGCGGCAUCGGCAAGGUGGUGCUGUUCUACACGAGGAGCAAGAAGCCCGAGCCUAGCAUCAAGCGAAUGGCCGAGAGGCUGUUGGGAGAAUGGAGCCGUCCGAUCCUCAAGCGGACCGACGACUACAAGAAACGCCACAUCGAGACUCGCGAGUUUGAUUAUGAAGCUGCCAAAAUGGCUCAACGCCGCAAACAAGGCUCUCAGUUCACUCUCUCUGAGCGACCCGCACAGUCUGCUGCAGAAGCUGAGCGUGAACGAUUCCUUGCCCCUGUCCGUGGUGGCAACCAGGCUCGCAUGGUCAACCUUCCCGCAAGCUAUACAAUUGCUCCUGUGAGCACAUUUGAUGGCAGCAAGAGCCAAGACCACCGACCUCUCGGUGCUGGAGGAAUGGAAGCUUUCAGGAGAAUGACGCAGAAGAAGAAGAAGGCGGCUUAG